AUGGAGGCGGCCCGCGCGACACCCGCCCGGCGCACCCAGCACCGCCACCGCCACCAGCACCCGCCGCCCACGCCCCCCGGCAGAGGCCAUCGAGCAACAGACGUGCUCCACGAAGGUGCCAGUGGUGGCCAGGAGGGACCUGGGCGCCCGAGAAGGGAGAGGACCCUCCACACAGGAAGCCCCAGUUUUCACGUGGGCCGUCCCCAUCUUGCAAUGAGAGAAGAAAGACACGUCGGUUCAGGGAGGCUGGUCCUGCAGCCGGGCAGAGCGGCCGUGGACGGCAGCAGGAGGCAGCAUCAUGGGCAGCCCCAGGAGGCCUCGCGGGCAGGCCCUCCGGCCCCCAGGGGGGGUGGAAGCCGGGCUCUCCGCUCUGGCCAGGACCCUGCCUCGGGGGGCUCCCCGCGCCACGAGCAGCGCCCGCCGCAGAGGAUCGGGUUGGCGUUUCUGGAGUCCCUCCUCCAGAAAGACCCUUCGGAGGUGGCCAUCACCCUGGCCUCCAGCCCUGGCCUGAAGGAGGCGCUCUCGCAGACUGCGAUGAGGCCCGUCUUCCUGCAGGCUGUCUGCCAGGCCCUCCGCAAGGCCUGCAGCUCCCGGCUGGACAGAUGCAGCAUCCAGCAGCUGAUGGGCGCCGUGAAGGACUCCAAUUUCCUCAAGAUCUGCCUGCCUCAGUACGUAGCAAACAUGCUGACGGAGGCCACCCCUGCCGUGCGGCACCAGUACCCGGAGCACAUCGAUAACAUCGUGGCGCUGGUCCAGGAAAUGGCCAGCGUGUUCCCCGCCAGCUCCAUUCAGAACAUGUCCAUGCUGAUGUCUGCCUUGCCAGCGGCAGUCAAUGCCCUGAGGGCCUCCGGGGUGGACUUCACAGAGGAGGCGGAUAAGCGCCUGGAGACGGUCCAGGCCUUCAUCCGGCACCUGCAGGAGAAGAGGCGGGAGGGCACCUUGAAGGUGGACAGCCGCACCCUGGUGGUGCACCCUCUAGCUCCUGGGGAGGGGGGGGAGGGGGCCGAGUACCGCACCCUGCCCAUCUACCCCACAUACAAGGAGGUUCACGGGGACGAAAAGCCCUUCCUGCGUCCCAACAUCAUCUCUCAGAAGUACGAGAGCGCAGCCGUGUACCUGGACACCCAGUUCCGCCUUCUGAGAGAGGACUUUGUCCGGCCUCUGAGGGAAGGUAUCUUGCAGUUCCUCCAGAGCUUUGAGGACAAAGGGCUCUGGAAGAAGAAGUUCGAUGACAUCCGGGUUUACUUUAAUGCCCGGGUCCUCACCCCUCUCUGCUGUGCAACUGGCAUCGACUACAAGGUACAGUUUGACACCAAGCCCCUGCGGUUCGUCCGCUGGGAGAACUCCAAGCGGCUGCUCUACGGCUCCCUGGUCUGCCUCUCCAAGGAUAACUUUGAAACGUUCCUCUUUGCUACGGUGUCUCACCGGGAGACCCCGGAGCUGCAACAGGGCAUCGUGCACCUGUGUUUUAACAAGCACAGCCGGGCCCUGCUGGCCGAAGUCGGCCCGACUGAUUCCUUCCUCAUGGUGGAGACGACGGCCUACUUCGAAGCCUACCGGCACGUGCUCAAAGGCCUGCAGGAGCUCCAAGAAGAGGACGUCCCUUUUCAGGACUACAUUGUCAAGUGCGAGUCACACGUCGGAGCACCCGCUUACCUGGCAGGGAACAGCGUUUAUGACUUUGGGCCUCUGGUGAAGGCGGCACUGGCUGCUGGCAGGGUGGACGAGUGCCCAGGUGCUCUGGCGGGGAGCAGGGUUGACAUUCUAGACCCUGGCCAGUGGCCAGCUCUGGACAUCUUGGGCCUGGACGCAUCCCAGAUGGAAGCCUUGCGGCUGGCCCUCACUAAGGAGCUGGCUAUCAUUCAGGGACCUCCUGGGACAGGCAAGACCUACGUGGGUCUGAAGAUAGUUCAGGCUUUACUGGACAAUCGCACCCCACGGGAAAAGUCUCCCAUCCUGGUGGUCUGCUACACCAACCAUGCCCUGGACCAGUUCCUGGAAGGGAUCUACACGUUCCAGAAAACCGGGAUCGUGCGCGUGGGCGGGCGCAGCAACAGCGAGAGCCUGCGGCAGUUCACCUUGCGGGAACUGCGGAACAAAUGUCGGCCCAUGCUGCAUCUCCACUUGCGCUGGGCCUAUAAUGAGAUCACCGGCCGGAUGAGGGAGUCGCAGCAAGAGCUGCAGGAAUUGUCUGCCUUACUGAACAGCAGCUGGCAGGGAAUUGUGCACGAACGCCACCUCCAGAAGUACAUGUUGGAGCACCACUGGAACAGCCUCAGGAGGGGCUGGGACCUGGGCUGGCUGCCCCCGGAGGCCUCUCAGGUGGUGGAGUGGCUGGGCCUCGGCUUCACCCCUUUUGCCUGCAGCGACUCGGAGCCCAACGGGGAAGAAACAGCAGGCACUCAGGAGGAGGAGGAGGAGGAAGUACAGGAGGCGGAGCCAGACCUGCUAGCGAUCGCAGAGGAGGCGGACCUGAUCCAGCAAGAGCGCCUGCUGGACAGUGAUGAGGCUGCCCGCCCCCGCAUUCCAAAGUGGGAGGCACCCAGAGGUGCCACAGAUGAGCUGACCAACCAGCUCCUGGCCAUGAAGCUGGAGGAGGAGGAGGAGAAGCUGGGGCCCAGGGCACCUGGGGAGCUGGGUGAGGCUGGCUGGGAGGUGCAACGAGGCCAAAAGAAGAAGAUGAAGCAGAAGGCGAAAGUGGAGCUGCAGAAGCGGCAAGCCAUGACGGAGGCCCAGGCGGAAGCCGUCCUGGCCGUGUGGCAGCUGGACCCUGCCUCGCGCUGGCAGCUCUACAGACACUGGCUGCAGAAGUACCAGGCCGAGAUCCGGAGGAGAAUCGUGCACCAUGAAGAGAAGUACCAGGAGGCAGCGGAGAGGAUGGCCGAGCUGCGGCUUCAGGAGGACAUCGGCAUCCUGGAGAGCGCCCAGAUUGUCGGGAUGACGACGACGGGAGCUGCCCGGUACCGCCAAGGGCUGCAGAAAGUGGCCCCUCGCGUGGUCCUGGUGGAGGAGGCUGCAGAAGUUCUGGAGGCCCACACCAUCACCACCCUGAGCAAGGCCUGCCAGCACCUCAUCCUCAUUGGGGACCAUCAGCAGCUGCGCCCCAGCGCCAACGUGUACGACCUGGCCAAGAACUUCAACCUGGAGGUGUCCCUCUUUGAGCGGCUGGUGAAAGUCGGCCUGCCCUUCGUCCGCCUCGAUUUCCAGCACCGCAUGCGGCCAGAGAUUGCCCGGCUCCUCACCCCGCACAUCUACCAGGAGCUGGCGAACCACCCCUCGGUGCUCCAGUACGACAGCAUCAAGGGAAUUUCGUCCAACCUCUUCUUCGUGGAGCACGGCUUCCCUGAGCAGGAGAUUCAGGAAGGGCGGAGCCACCAGAACCCUCACGAGGCCCGCUUCGUGGUGGGGCUGUGCAAGUACCUGCUGUGCCAGGACUACUUGCCCUCCCAGAUCACCAUCCUCACCACCUACACCGGCCAGCUCUUCUGCCUGCGAAAGCUCCUGCCAGCCAAGACCUUCCAGGGCGUGAGGGUCCACGUGGUGGACAAGUACCAGGGGGAAGAGAACGACAUCAUCCUCCUCUCCUUGGUGCGGAGCAACCCCGAGGGGCGGGUGGGCUUCCUGCAGAUCCCCAACCGCAUCUGUGUGGCCCUUUCCAGGGCCAAGAAGGGCCUCUACUGCAUUGGGAACAUGGGCAUGCUGAGCAAGGUCCCGCUCUGGAGCAAGAUCAUCCACACGCUGCGUGAAAAGGGCCACAUCGGCCGCUCCCUGCUGCUCUGCUGCCAGAACCACUCGGACACCAGAACCGCCGUGGCCUGCGCGGAUGAUUUCGGCAAGGUUCCCGAGGGAGGCUGCAGUCGCCCUUGCGAGUACCGGCUGAGCUGUGGCCACGUCUGCCCCCGCGCCUGCCACCCUUACGACCUGCAGCACAAAGAGGUGGAGUGCCUGAAGGCGUGCCAGAAAGUGCUCUGCGCUGACGGCCACUGCUGCUCCAAGCUGUGCCAUGAGCCGUGUGGGAAGUGCCCCGUCUUGGUGCCCAAGACUCUGCCCAGGUGUGGCCACCUGCAGCAGGUGCCCUGCUCUACUCCCGCAGAGGAGUUCUGUUGCCAGGAGCCGUGCAGGAAAGCCCUCCGGUGCGGGCACAGCUGCAGGUGGACCUGUGGCCAGGAAUGCAUCAAGCACUGUCCGGAAAUAGUGCCGGUGACACUGCGGUGUGGGCAUAGCCAGAAGGUGAAGUGCUUCACGGCUCCUGAUGUGAGGAGUGGGAAGCCUGUGCCGUGCCAGGCGCCAUGCCUCAGCACGCUGGAGUGUGGCCACCCGUGCCCAGGCUCUUGCGACUCCUGCUUCAAUGGCCGGUUCCAUGAGCAAUGCAGGAAGCUCUGCGAGCGCCUCCUUGUCUGUUCGCACCAGUGCCAGCAGUCCUGCACCAGCGAGUGCCCCCCGUGCCAGCAGGACUGCGAGAACCGCUGUGGCCACAGCUACUGCCCGAAGAAAUGUGGGGAGCCGUGCACCCCCUGCGCAGAGCCUUGUGAGUGGCGCUGCCAGCACUACCAGUGCACCAAGCUGUGCUCAGAGCCGUGCGACCGGCCCCGCUGCGACAUGCCGUGCCCGAAGCGGCUACCUUGCCGCCACGCAUGUGCAGGGAUGUGUGGAGAACCGUGUCCGGCCAAGUGCCUCGAGUGCCACCGCCAGGAGCUCACCCAGAUCUUCUUUGGCUUCGAGGACGAGCCCGGGGCUCGCUUCGUGCAGCUGGAGGAUUGUGGCCACAUCUUCGAGGCAACAGGCCUGGACCACUACAUGGAUGAGGGUGCAAGCGCCGCUAUCAGGCUGAAGGUGUGCCCCACCUGCCAGACGCCCAUCCGGAAGAACCUGCGCUACGGCACACUGGUGAGGAGGAGCCUGCAGGAGAUUGAGAGGGUGAAGGAGCGGCUCCAGGGUUCACCCGACGCGGCUGCCGACAACUGUGGCAGACUGAAGGCGGAGCUGGUGUGCAAAGGCGAGGCUCUGAGGCAGCAUCUGCCAGAGCAGUACAAGCAGCUGGUGGAGAAGCUGGAGCAGCCCUCUCUCUGCAACCACAGCCUGGUGGUCGUGGAGAACCAGAUGAGCUUCUUCCUGCGGCUGGCUGACCUGCACGCCUCCAUGAGCAAGCUGGAGCGCUGGAAGCAGGUGGACGUGUUCAGGCGGCUGGCAGAAGCGGGCCAGUGGCUGGAGAGGCAGCGCCUUGCUUUCACCCCACAGGAGCUGUUGGAUCUGCAGGCCGAGUUCCAGCGCCUGGCCUUCCUCCUGGAUCUCCUGGCCCAGAGCAGGGCCGCAAAAGGGAAGAUGGACGCUCCCACGGCCGAGCUGGUACGUGAGAUCCGGCAGGUCCUGGAGGGCGUGGGGAGGUUCACCCCAGAAGACGAGCGGCUGGUAAAGGAGAAGAUGGAGGCGGUGAAGGCCGCUCUGCCCAAGUCAGGCCUGGGCCUCUCCGAAGCAGAGAGGGUGCAGAUAGUUAAUGCUGUCAUGGGCAAUCGCCGGGGGCACUGGUUCAAGUGCCAGAACGGGCACAUUUACGCGAUAGGCGAAUGUGGCGGGGCCAUGGAGGAGGGCCACUGCCCGGAGUGCCACGAAGUCGUUGGAGGGACUGACCACAGGCUGAACCCCAGCAACCAGCUGGCCCCCGAGAUGGAUGGGGCGACUCACGCCGCAUGGUCAGAGACCGCCAACCUCCUGCUGCAUGCGGCCGAUUGGCACCAGCUGCCCUAG